AUGGCUUCUUUUGCAAUCCUCCCUGCCAAUAGAAAGUCCACUCCAGCUCCCUUUACUGUGUCAGUACCAGAGCAACAGCUUAGCGACUUCAAAACUCUAUUAAAGCUAUCCAAAAUUGGACCAAAGACAUACGAAAAUGAAAUGACAGACGGCCAAUUCGGUAUUAGCCGAGACUGGCUAGUCCAAGCCAAAGUAGAAUGGGAGAAAUGGGACUGGCGCAAAUGUGAGGAUCGCAUCAACAGCUUCCCCAACUUCACUCUCCCUAUCAAGGAGGGCGGAGAUGUUUUCAACAUCCAUUUCAUGGCACUGUUCUCUCAAAAGCCCGAUGCAAUCCCACUUUUGUGCUUGCACGGCUGGCCAGGUAACUUUUUGGAAUUCUAUUCCAUUUUGGAGAUCCUGACCCAGCGCUACACCCCAGAGACGCUGCCGUACCACGUCAUUGUUCCUUCUCUGCCUGGCUAUGCUUUUUCCUCGCCCCCACCGCUCGCACGAGAUUUUCAACUUCAGAACAUUGCCAGCAUUAUGAACACAUUGAUGAUUGAGCUGGGAUUCGGCAAUGGGUACGCAGUUCAAGGAGGAGAUAUUGGCAGCAAAGUUUCGCGUGUUAUGGCUGCAACUUUUGACACAGUCAAGGCCGUUCAUAUAAACUUUUGCAUCAUGCCCGAGCCAGAGGGUAUCAAAGAUAGUCAGAUUAGUGAUGUUGAGAAGGAGGGACUGAAGCGAGCCGAUACCUUCUUGAAACUCGGUUCUUCAUAUGCUCUUCAACAUGCAACCAAACCUAGCACUAUUGGUCUUGUACUUGCUUCAAACCCGAUUGCGCUUCUUGCAUGGAUUGGUGAAAAGUUUCUUGCCUGGACCGAUGAGGAUCCGCCACUUGACGAGAUUCUUGCUUCAGUUACCCUGUACUGGUUGACGGAGACAUUCCCACGAUCCAUCUACCCGUAUCGACAGCUAUUUACACCCGGCGUGAUUGGAGCUCACGAGAAGCCUGAGUGGUAUAUCAAAAAGCAUUUCGGAUACUCUUUCUUCCCGAAGGAACUUGCCCCAAUCCCUCAAGCUUGGGCUGAAACGACUGGAACUCUUGAGUUCUAUCGCCAGCAUGAGAGUGGUGGUCAUUUUGCCGCUAUGGAGAAGCCAGAAGUUUUGCUUGCUGACGUAGAGGACUUUCUUCAACAAGUAUGGAAGUAG